CAGCAUCGAGUCGAGCAAAGUGCAAAGUUCUAAUUUUAAAUGCAGUACCAUCCAGUACGAACGAAUACCUGAUUGGGUACUUAAUGACGCAGUAUUUCACUUAUUUGUAGUGUUAUCUAUGUGUUUAAUAAUAAAGUAUUUCCCUUAUCAGUGAGAUAAACUUAGGUGUUUAGUGUUUUGGUGGAGUAAACUGCAUUUAACUCUUUCACGCCCCAAAAUGCCGGUGAAAAUUAAUUGGCCAGCAGUAGGAGCGGUAUUGUUACCUAAUGUGGGUGGAAUUACAGGUGGAUUAAUAACAUCAAAGGCCCUCCCUUGGUACGAAACUUUGAACAAACCAAAAUGUAGGCCUCCAAAUUGGGCUUUUGGUCCAGUGUGGACCAGUUUAUACUGUGGCAUGGGGUAUGCUUCAUAUCUGGUAUACAGAGACGGUGGUAAUUUUGAAGGAGCCGCUAAAAUUCCCCUCAUGGUUUAUGGAGGCAAUUUGCUUCUGAAUUGGGGCUGGACUCCAAUUUUCUUUGGAGCCAAAAGACCUGAUCUGGCAUUGAUAGAAAUCAAUCUAUUAAACGCGGCAGCUCUGGCCACCGGCUACCUUUUCUAUAAAGUGAAUCCUACAGCAGGGUAUUUAAUUGUGCCAUAUUGCUUGUGGUUGGGCGUGGCUACAGCUUUAAACUUCGUCAUUUGGAGAGAUAACAGAGAGAUCAAAGAAUCCCCCAAAAUCGAAACAGUCAAGUCGGAAUAGUGUCUGUUUUUCCAAUAAUUUGUUCGCAUUAAGUAGUAUAAUAAUAUAGUUUUGGUAUAAAUUUUGCUUUAAGUAUAAUUUUAAGAUUCCAGUGAUCGGAACCAAUAAAAAAAUUGUAAUCA